GGGUAGUGAGGUUGUGCAAUACCAACAUUAUAGGUAUAUAUUUAAAGUAUUGACUUAGAUGGUUAACUCCUGCGUCCCGUGUUAUUACACAGCAAUAUUUGGGGUGGCGCGCCUGUCGCCCAAGUGUUUUGCUGCUCGGAGGUUUCUGCACAGAGAUGGCAAGAGGACCGUAGCAGACUGUGGGGCCUACACGGUUGGUCAUUUUACCGACAACCGUAACGUUAGAACAACAGAGACGCAGCGACUAAGAAAGGAGUGGAACAACGGACAAGAGGAACCAUGGGACACGGAGUGGGCUGAACCAGAGGGUCUAGCAGCACACACCAAUUGUUUCCCACUGUGGUGUAUGACAUGGCCACGGCCUCAUCUAGAGCAGAGUCUAGCCAUAACCACAGGGGAACUUCACAGCUCCAUGCCAUUGUUUCCUGUGCCAAAAUCAAGAGGAAGAAGAGCCUGUUUGGGACUGCCAUUUAUGUGGAGGUGACAGCGGAGGGGGAGUCGCGCCGCACAGCGAAGUCUCACAGCUCCUCCAGUCCUAAAUGGGAUGAAAGGCUCACUCUGAAUGUAACACGGCACACACAGGUGGAUUUCAAAGUAUGGAGUCACCACACCCUGAAGGCAGAUGCUCUGCUGGGCAAAGCCACGUUGGACCUAUGUCAAGCCUUGGAGCAGCAUGACAGAAAAUUGGAGAAUGUGAAGGAGAUGCUGAAACUGAGCGUGGAGCAGAAGGGAGCGCUUGUUCCCACUGGAGAGCUGACUGUCUACCUAGAUGGCCUGACUGUCACUGACCAGGAGGAACUGGCACCGCUUACCAAUGGCAAUGCGGCAAAUGGCAAUGCAGCAAAUGGCACCAAAGUGCAACAGAAUGGCGAUGCCAUCCAUGAAAAUGGCGACUCAUCUUCUUCUUCCUCAAGGGCUGCCAACAGCACAGUGAAUGGUACAGACCUGGUCCAGAGGUCAAGUUCCUAUUCGGUCUCCAAUGGUGUGGAUAGCCAGGUGCCCUCCAGCUCCUGCAGCCCUGCCCUUGGUCACGUCGUCAAUGGAGACGCCACACCCAACUCUACCCCAGCCCACCAUCCCUCAGACAGUGACACAGAGAGUAGGACGGUCAAUGGCGAGUCCUGUGAUGCUGCUCUCAGGCCAUCGUCUUCUACAACAGGUGAUGGCUAUGAGGACUGCCAUCAAGAUGCCGCCCUGCCAGACCUUGACACAGCCCCAGAUAGCAUAUCUCAAACCCCGCCGACCUCCACGCAGGUCCCAUCCUCCUCUUCUGCUGCUAAGCCUAUUGAUGGCACUGCUGCUGAUUCCUCCACAUUCACCUCCCCAGCACAGGGAGCCCCCACCAUCACAACCUCCUCCUCAUCGUCCUCUACCCCCCCAGCAACGGGAGAAGCCAAUGCUUCAGGAGGCGGCGGUGGUAGCUGUAGUAGCAGUGCAACUGGAACUACAGAUGGGGCCAAGCCCAGGCAGCAGGCCCCCAAUGCUGGAGCCUCAGAUCCUCUGCCACCGGGGUGGGAGCAGAGGAAAGACCCGCAUGGGAGAACUUAUUAUGUAGACCACAACACCAGAACUACGACCUGGGAAAGACCACAGCCACUACCACCAGGAUGGGAGCGCCGAGUGGAUGACCGGGGCAGGAUCUAUUAUGUGGACCACAACACCCGCACUACCACAUGGCAGCGUCCCACUAUGGAAUCAGUCCGCAAUUUUGAGCAGUGGCAGAGCCAGCGCAGCCAGCUGCAGGGAGCUAUGCACCAGUUUAACCAGAGAUACCUCUACUCUGCAUCCAUGAUGUCUGCUGAGAAUGAUCCUCUUGGCCCGCUGCCUCCUGGAUGGGAGAGGCGUGUGGACUCCAAUGACAGAGUGUACUUUGUCAACCAUAACACCAAGACAACUCAGUGGGAAGACCCCCGAACCCAAGGGCUACAGAAUGAGGAUCCUCUUCCUGAAGGUUGGGAGAUCCGUUACACAAGGGAAGGGGUUCGCUACUUUGUGGAUCACAACACCCGAACAACCACUUUCAGCGACCCCCGCACUGGAAAGUCCUCUGUCACCAAAGGCCCUCAAAUUGCUUAUGAGCGCAGCUUUCGAUGGAAGCUUGCCCAUUUUCGCUACUUGUGCCAGUCCAAUGCUCUCCCUAGCCAUGUGAAGAUCACCGUCUCCAGACAGACGUUGUUUGAAGACUCUUUCCAGCAAAUUAUGGCCCUGAAGCCUUACGACUUGAGGAGGAGACUCUAUGUCAUCUUCAGAGGCGAGGAGGGUCUAGACUAUGGUGGCUUAGCCCGAGAGUGGUUCUUCUUGUUGUCCCAUGAAGUGCUGAACCCCAUGUACUGUCUGUUUGAGUAUGCCGGAAAGAGCAACUACUGUCUGCAGAUCAAUCCGGCCUCUGCUAUCAACCCGGACCACCUCUCCUACUUCUGCUUCAUAGGCCGCUUCAUCGCAAUGGCACUUUUCCACGGCAAGUUCAUCGACACAGGCUUCUCUCUGCCUUUCUACAAACGCAUGUUGAACAAGAAAUUAAUUCUCAAGGACCUGGAGUCCAUCGACCCAGAGUUCUACAACUCACUCAUAUGGAUCAGGGACAACAACAUUGAAGAAUGUGGUCUGGAGAUGUACUUCUCAGUGGACAUGGAGAUCCUGGGAAAGAUCACUUCUCACGACCUCAAACCUGAUGGCGUCAACGUUCUAGUUACUGAGGAGAACAAGGAGGAAUAUAUCGGUCUAAUGGCAGAGUGGAGGUUCUCCCGCGGGGUGGAAGGUCAGACCAAAGCUUUCCUGGACGGCUUCAACGAGGUGGUCCCACUUCAGUGGCUCCAGUACUUUGAUGAGAAGGAGCUUGAGGUGAUGCUGUGUGGCAUGCAGGAAGUAGAUCUUCAAGACUGGCAGAGGAACACCGUGUACCGUCACUACACAAGGAACAGCAAACAGAUCAUCUGGUUCUGGCAGCUGGUGAAAGAGGUGGAACAACGAAGUGGCCUGCGGCUCAUGCAGUUUGUCACUGGGACCUGCAGGCUUCUUCUGGGCGGCUUCGCUGAGCUCAUGGGAAGUAACGGGCCCCAGAAGUUCUGCAUUGAGAAGGUGGGGAAGGACACGUGGCUUCCUCGGAGCCACACUUGUUUCAAUCGUCUUGACUUGCCUCCUUACAAGAGCUUCGAACAGCUGAAAGAGAAGCUGCUCUUCGCCAUCGAGGAAACGGAAGGAUUUGGCCAAGAAUAAAGGGAGGAGUCCUUGUAUUUCUCCCUCCCCCCCCCAAGUAAAAAAAAACAACAAAAGAAUUGCACAAGAUAACCACCAAUGUAUAUAAGCUAUUUUGUCAUUUAAAACCAAAUCUUAAUUUGCAGCAUCAUUUUUGCCGCAAUCCUGUUCUCCAGCCCUUAAUAAUUAUAUGAUACCACCAUCAGAAAUAUGCAAGCAUUUCAGCUCCUCUGUUGAAAACAGAAAUCAUGGAUAUUUUUUAUAAUCCCCCCCCCCCACUGCCGACUGGCAUUUUAAAAGAGACUCUGAACGUGUUUUUGAGAGGAUUUUAUAGUUGAUGCGCAAGUCUUCUUUUAAAGCUCUAGUUCUAUAGAGCUUCUAAAUGGCGAGAGUUGUAUAGGGGCUUGGUGCCGAUACCCCCUCCCCCCCCCCCCCCUUCCCCCCUCCAAUGGACCCAUAGUAAUGUUGCAAUUUUGCGUGCUUGCAUGGCUGCCUCUGAAGAUAAGAAGAAUGCUGUGACCACCCGCUACCACCACCUAUACACGCCAGCACACACACCCACACACACAUUUUAGCAUGGACACUUUUUCAUUAUCAAAAAGGCAAAGGAUGGGCUGAUAUGAAGCGGAGGAUAACACUCUCAUACAACCCCUCAAUAAGACUCUGGACACCGGAUCCUCUCUGGGAUAAAGAAGACGUUUUGUGGAGAAAGGCUACUAUAUCAAGAGGAAUAUGGGGACUGUUAUUCUAAAUCAAAGGGGUGUGUGUCUGUGUGUGUGUGUGUGUGUGUGUGUGUCUGUGAGUGUGUGUGUGUGUGUGUCUGUGAGUGAGUGCUGUUGUUUAAGCCAUGGACACUGGACAUAUCCCAGGCCGCCUGCUUCAGUCGGCAAGUGAGACCCACACCAGGAUCACACACUCCCAGUUUUCAUUGAAAGAUUGAGCUGUUUUGGAGAAUUGUCACAUCAAAAGAGACAAAAGACUGACGGUGGGUUGUGUGUGCUUGGCAGAUUUCUCUUUUUGCCUCUUUGAUUUGUGAUCUUGGACUGUAAAGUGUGUCCAGUCCCAUGAAGUCACUGUGGUUUACAGCGCGACAGACAUGAAUAUGCUUGGAUAAUAACAUGAAAAAUCAAAUGUACUUCUCAGUUAUAGGUAUCACAGAAGACAAAUACCCAUGCAGUGCAUAAAACUGACACAUUAAUCAUAAAAAUCAAAGACAGCAUAUAUUUGGCCAUCUUGUAUCGUACUAAGGUCCAAAGGCCAUCUGAUUUCAUAUGAAUGUAUAAUUGAACAUGUACUGGACUUAUUGCCAACCAUUGAACUAAAUUACAACUGAAGCCAAUGCUGCAUAGAAAUCAAAGCAUUGUUUGAUAAAUCUCUAUCAUUGCGCUAAUUCAAAGUUCCAUGGUUCUUUCAGUUUUGAUCCGUGGUCAUAAAGGAGAUGAUGGAUUGAAAAAUAUAUGAAACGUCAUGUCUUGAAUGACUUGAAAUUAACAUACACAAAUAGUGCAUGCAGGCAGCACACCGUGUAAACUGGCCAAGUAAAAAUGAAAUGGAAUUUUUUCGGAAAGCAUUAACUGGGUCGUAAACAUGUACGGUAUUGUUGGAAAACAAUCAUUCUGUCGCAUAGUUGAUAAGACCCUAAAGUGCCACAGACCAAAUAAGAAGUGGAACCCUUCCACGGCCCAGCCCCUCCGCAGCCCGAGGCCUGUUUGGUGCCUGACACAGCAUUGCAGAGCUACAUGUUGUUUUUGCACCCCCACUUUCCGCUUGUCCCUUCUUUCCUUUUAAUGCUUCAGGGGACAUGUCCUUUGUUUUCCCACGAUGUCUAACUCCAUUGUCUCUAAACUGCGGUGCGGAUUCUUUCAGUCAGGGGUCUGGACGCAGCUAUGGCAGCGGCAGGCCAGUCUCCUUGUUUUCUCCACCGUUGUUUUUUUUUUUUGUUUCUUCAGACCACUGCGAGCAGCAGAAAGCUGCUUUAGGCUUUUUCUAGGAGUAGCUUGCGAUUACUCAAGUUAUCGGCCGUGUAUAUAACCUGUAUUCAGCUGGACGGAGGGGCGACAGUAUGAAGAAAAAACUUCAUAAUUUCCUGGAGCAAAAGGAGCGGACUUUAAAAGAGAGGUCAAAUCUGCGUAACUUCGUGCUUCCUUUUGAACAGAAACCUGUAAUCCAAGAAAAUCAACUGUGUAUGUGAAUAUUCAUUGUAUAAAGAUAAUGAAAGUAAAUAAAGUACUUAAAUAUUAUAAUUAAUCGCACAGAGCCGCCGCUCCGUCGAUGGAAAUCUGUGAUGCCUUUGUUCUUCUCAGAAAUAGAUGGGACGUUUCAGGUUGCCUUCAGUGUAGCCAGUAACACGAUGUCACCUGGAGAGGUGGAUUCUCUCCGUACAAAGCUGAUUCAUGAUGCUGUACAUCAUUUCAGUACAUGAUAAUGCAGCAGGGACAUUAUUUCUGUGCUGACUGCAGUUUAGGCCAUCUGAACCGCAUCCAAACUGUAACAUAUCGCGUGUAGAUACACACUGUAAACACCAACUACACUGUACAGAAUGCCCCUUUACUGGAGACGAUGUGUAUAGAAGAUUCCUUUUUAAUCUGCUUUGACCCAUUUUAAUGAAGAAAGAUGGAUUUAUGAGAUACGAAUAAAAAAAAAAAAGUGAAUGACCCCCC